AUGAUAAUGAACGUACCAUUUAUUGUUCUUACAGUAUGGGAGACAUUCAUCCGACGAUAUCGUCAUGCGCAUGAUAUAUUUGAAAAUGAGUUUAAAAUAUUCGAAAUUAAUCAUUUCAAGCUUUUAGGCAUUUUUCAAUUAUUUUCUAUAAUCAAAAUCGAGCUAAGCUGCUGUGGAGGUGAGGCGGGUGAAGGUGUUGUCGAGGAAUUUUCAACGGAGUGCACCCUUAAAGUUAAUAAUAUGCCCUCAUUUGGAACUGUGACUAAUGGCAACACUGGAACGUACGGAUCCGGUUCUGCUAUGUCAGCAGCAAAUACUUUCUUGCUUAACAACAACAGUUUGUGGUUACAUUGCAUUCAGUCAACCUUGGCUAGUCAAUUUACCGUUUCACCUCGCUAUCCGUUUCUGGAAUGGGUGUUACAACUGCAACGAAUAAACCAACAAGAAAAACUAUAUCAACAACUUAAUCAGCAACAAGAACAAGAAACAUUACUACACCAACUUAAUCAGCAACGAGAACAAAGACCCAGAAACACUCACGUAAGCGGAGUUUUUUGA